UUACAGGCACGAGGUGCUGGGAUGCAGUUAACAUAGAUGCACAAGGUGGUGCCGUCUUAGAAAUCCAACAGGUAACUAAGGAAUGGGGGAUAUUCAGGCGGGGGUUCUAACUCCAAAGGGACUGAGAGCAGCUCUUAACCAGGUGAAGUUGGAUGGCGAGAGGCAAAAGAAGGCAACAUUUUAAGGAAAUAUGGGGGAGUCGUGGAGCCUGGAGCAGCUGAGAAACACAAAGUUUUUGCGGCUUUAAUGCUGGUGAUGGCGAUUAGUUAGUGAAACAAGUAUGGAAAAGCCUAACUCUGACCCAGAAAUAAGACGCAGGGCUUGGGGCGUGAACCUGAGCGCUUUAAACUCUCUCUUUGCUUGGGAAGGGGACUCCAACAUCCAGCACCACAGAAGUAAAACGCCUGGCCUGGGACGAACACAACACACAGGUGGCGACAGGACUGGACGCUUAUGUUGGGGGGCGUGGCUCCAGGCAGCUCCUCGACGUUCUCUUCCGGAACAGGCCUGUGCCCCGGAAGCAGUUGUUUGUUGAGCGACUCUGGGCCCGUUUAGGAGACUGCGGGCGUAUUGUCACCAUGUUCCUGUCCGCGGUCACCUUUGCCAAGAGCAAGUCAAAAACCAUUCUGGUGAAAAUGCUGAGCCAAGCUGGGACAGGUUACUCCUUCAACACUAAGAGAAGCCGACUACGGGAGAAACUGACUCUCCUGCAUUAUGAUCCAAUUGUGAAAACAAAAGUUCUCUUUGUGGAACAGAAGAAAAUACGUUCCCUAUAAACAAUGGAUUGAAAAUGAAUUUGAUUUAUAAAUGAGAAGACUGAGGGCGGGGUACUGAUUCAGAAAUUCUGCAGCGUGUUAUAAAAGAAGAGGAAAUGGCACGGAAUCACUGCCUCCUGUGAUUUGAAGGCCAUUGUGAAGAAAAACAAUGUACCGAAAGAAAGUUCUUCAUAUUAGGACAUAUAUCAUUGCAUCACAUUUAUUUAUCUUUCUGGAUAUUUUUAUAGCCCUUAAUAAAAAAUAUUAAAAUAG